AUGUCAGGCGCCACAGGAGAUUUCGGUCUGAUCGGCUUGGCCGUGAUGGGCCAGAACUUGAUUCUCAACGCCGCUGACCACGGGUACAAAGUCAUUGCUUUCAACCGAACUGUCUCCAAGGUGGACCACUUCCUUGCCAAUGAGGCCAAGGGAAAGUCAAUUGAGGGUGCCCACUCCAUCGGAGAAUUCGUCUCCAAGCUCAAGAAGCCCCGCCGUAUUAUGAUGCUCGUCAUGGCUGGUAAGCCAGUCGACGACUUCAUCGAGACUCUGCUGCCCCACGUCGAGAAAGGCGACAUUAUCAUUGAUGGCGGUAACUCACAUUUCCCCGAUACCACACGCCGAACAAAGUACUUGUCAGGCAAGGGCAUCCGAUUCGUCGGCACCGGCGUUUCCGGGGGUGAGGAAGGUGCCAGAUAUGGACCUUCUUUGAUGCCCGGUGGAAACGAGGAGGCCUGGCCAUACAUCAAAGAUGUCUUCCAAGACAUUGCUGCCAAGAGCGACGGCGAGCCUUGCUGCGAAUGGGUCGGUGAUGAGGGUGCUGGUCACUACGUCAAGAUGGUGCACAACGGUAUCGAAUACGGUGACAUGCAACUGAUUUGCGAAGCCUAUGAUAUCAUGAAGCGCGGUCUUGGAAUGCCGGACAAGGAGAUUGGCGAUGUUUUCACAACCUGGAACAAGGGUGUCCUCGACUCCUUCUUGAUCGAUAUCACCAAAGACAUCAUGUACUUCAACGACGAUGACGGAACCCCACUCCUCGAGAAAAUCAUGGAUUCCGCAGGCCAAAAGGGAACCGGAAAGUGGACUGCUAUUAACGCCCUCGAUCUUGGCAUGCCCGUUACUCUGAUCGCCGAAGCCGUGCUCUCCCGUUGUCUCUCCUCCAUCAAGGGCGAGCGUACCCGCGCCUCCAAGGUCCUUUCAUUCGUCGGCCGAAGCAACAAGUUCGAGGGCAACAAGGAGCAAUUCCUGGAGGAUCUCGAGCAAGCUUUGUACGCUUCCAAGAUCAUCUCGUACGCCCAAGGAUUCAUGCUCAUGCAAGAAGCUGCCAAGGAAUACGGCUGGAAGCUCAACAAGCCCUCUAUCGCCCUCAUGUGGCGUGGUGGCUGCAUCAUCCGCUCCGUCUUCCUCAAGGACAUCACUGCCGCGUACCGUGCCAACACCGAUCUCGAGAACCUCCUCUUCAACGACUUUUUCAACAAGGCGAUCCACAAGGCGCAACCCGGCUGGCGCGACGUCGUCGCCAAGGCUGCUCUUCUCGGCAUACCGACCCCGGCAUUCUCCACCGCUCUGUCCUGGUUCGAUGGAUACCGUACCAAGGACUUGCCCGCCAACUUGCUCCAGGCGCAGCGUGAUUACUUUGGUGCGCAUACCUUCAAGAUCAAGCCUGAGUUCGCGAACGCAAAGUACAAGGAAGGCGAGAAUAUUCAUGUUAACUGGACCGGACGUGGUGGUAACGUGAGUGCGUCAACAUACCAGGCAUAA